GUUAGUGCAGGGGUUCUCCAACUAAUGGCGCCCCUGAUGCAUGUCCUGCUCGUGACUCUCUGCUUAGCUGCUUCACCACUCGGGCUACUUUCAGCUGCGGAGGUGCCGCAUAUUGAGUUUGAUUCUGAGGAAGGGGCCCCUUUUAUUCUCUCUCAUAUUUCUACUUCCACACGCUAUAAUGACGCGUUGGUCGCUCAAGGGGCCAGUCUUCCAGAGUUUCUUCCAAAGCCACCUCGCGAGACUUGCAAACCUGUGCAAUUGAACCUUCUUGCGAGGCAUGGAGCCAGAGACCCUACAAGGAAGAGAGCGAAGCAGCUUAAGAAGGUGGUGCUCAACCUGAAAGCGGCGGCCAAGAGUCUGGUACAUGAGGUGCAGCAUGUAGCAGUUGGGGAUGGGUCAGCUGCGAGUGGGGGGGCAGCCAGGUCAGGGAAUCUGCGGAGUCCCCCAAAUUGGAUAGGGGACUACAUCGUUCCUUGGGAAGGUCACGAACCUGUUGGAUACUUGGUACCAGGGGGAGAGGAGGAGAUGUACGGGCUGGCCAAGCGGUGGAAACAGCGAAUGCCGAACGUUCUGGACCAAACUUACCAUCCUGAGAGGUAUCGGAUUUUUGGAACUCAGGUCCCACGUGCUUCUGCUAGUGCGGUGGCAUUUGGUGUCGGCUUUUUAGAGGGAAACGGAACUCUGGGCCCAGCCAGGCAUCAGUCAUUUGCAGUCAUCUCUGACACCAAGGAUAUUGAUAGACGGCUGCGAUUCCAUAAGACGUGUCCAGCUUACAAGGCGCACAAGAAAGCCCGGAAGCCGGAAGUGUGGUCCAACCAGGAACCGGUCUACUCUGCGACGGGAGCCAAUAUUCUGUCCCGAACAGGCCUCAACCUUACUGCAAAGGAUGUCGGGGCCCUCUGGCUACUGUGCAAGGUGGAAGCGGCAAUUCGGAAUACGACAAACCAGGUCUGCUCACUGUUCACCAAAGAAGAGGUGCUGCAACUAGAGUGGGCGGACGACAUCGAGCUGCACAUCCUGAAGGGCUACGGCGCUCCCAUCAACUACCGCAUGGCGCAGGCUCUGCUGCAGGAUAUUCUGGAGUCCAUGGAGGGCGCCCUGGCGGACUGGCGGGGUGGCAGCACCAAAGUCCCUGAAUUGGGCCGGCUGCGCUUUGCGCAUGCAGAGACGAUUAUGCCGCUGCUCUGCACGCUGGGGCUGUUCCAGGAGACAGAUCGAGACGCUUUGCUAGCGGCUCAGGAGGAGGAACUGCCCCUCCCCCCCCCGCCUCCCUAUCCGAGGGCUUGGCGGGGCAGCGUAGUCGCACCGUUUGGCGCCAACACGGCCCUCGUCCUGUACGACUGUGCAGAGAACAAAGGAGAGUUGGAUGAAGGACACAAAGGGAAGAAAAAGGACGAUACGGUUGGACGAACGGGGAGGAAUGAUGACGAUGAUGACGAAGAGGAGGAGGGGAAGCCACAUCACUGGAGGUAUUUAUUAGGGAGAGCUCUAGCGCUAUUCCGAUGGGGGACAUUGAAGCCCGCUGGUACUCGGUUUAGGGAGGGUCUGGUUCACGAGGAUGAGUUCUUGGUGCUUGCGCUGCACAACGAGAGGCCUGUGAAGAUGCCUGCUUGCGAGGGCGCGCUGUUCUGCCCGUUCGGUGUGUUCAGGAAGCGGGUGUUAGGGCCUCACAUGAAGGGCAGCUUUGAUAAAAUGUGUGCCUUAACGGGCUGGAGCUAUGCUCUCGACGCCUGGCUGGUUGAGGGCUUGAGCUGGUUGGGUAUCGAACACUGGCCUUUGUAUCGAUUCUUGGGAUCUAUUUGAACACUUUCGUUGUGGAGCUGAGCCGCCUU